AUGGGGCGAGAAGCGAUUGAAAGUCAAAUCAUCCGGAUGCGAGAAUGCGGUGUAGAUGGCGGCGUUAUCGAAAGUAUAAUCACAACGACGACAUGGAACCUCGAGAAGUGUGUGGACGCAAGUAGACCGAUCUCCGGAUCCAUCUCAUAUCGCUUACAACUUGAUCGGGAUGAGUUGCUGGAGGAAGAAAACGCUCAACUCAAGAAUCGAGAGAUGUUUCAGCCGGAUAAAUUGUUCUUCACAUGGACACAAUUGCCGGGUUUUGAAAUAGUCGAAUCAUUCCUAUCGAGAAACUACGGCGAGCGAUAG